AUGCCUAUAGCGAUGACAAAAGACGAAUGGUCCCGAAUUAAUAAGUGGAAAGAAUCACGAGAAGACCCUGAAGUGGUUCGCAGACGAGAGUAUGUAAAGUUUCUUAACGAAACCAGCAGAGAAAUGACAAAACAAUGGCCUAAUUCCUUGGAGAAUGUAAACAAGCGUAACGAGGAACUUCGGCGCGCUCGCAUCGAGGCGGCCGAGCGGGCUAACACCAAGUUCUACAAGCGCUACGUGAAGCACAAACAAGAGGAGCAGCAGCGCUUGAUGCACACCGCCCGAGAUACCAUGUUCAAGAAUAAGGACGCGCCUAAGAUGUUAUUGAGCGCAGUAAUAGAAACAGUAGUCUUAAAAGAGCGUCAAGAACAAAUCAAAUUUAAGAGGGAAAUACAGCAAAAAGAAGCGGAGCAGAAGAAAAAAGAUGAUGACGACAUCAUACAGAAGUCUAAAGAGUGGCAUGAGCUGAUGGCGUUGCGAAGAAAACGACGGUUUGACGCCAACAAGCAGCACCAAAAAGAAAUAUUGGAUCAAGCCCAUGAAGUGUCGGAACGUAAGCGCGAGGAGUACGAGGCGGAGCUCAACAUGCAAAAGAUUGACAACAUAAAAGCGGACAAACAGAUGGCCGCUAUACGGGAGUUUGAAGAAGAUUUUAAAGCGUCAGAGAAGGCGCGUAUCUGGGCGGACAUGGAGCGCGCGCGCGAGGAGGCGGGCGCGCGGCGGCGCGAGCGGGCGGCGCGCGCCGCGCUCGACGCGCGCCUGCUGCUGGUGCUGCAGCGCUCGCAGCGCCGCGUCGACGCCAAGCGCCGGCAGACCGAGAAACAGAUACAAGACGACAGACUACAAGUGCUGCAGAGGAUCAGCGAGAAGCUGGAGUCGGGCGACGCGGCGCGCGACGCACGCGAGCAGAGCAUCCUGCUCAAGGCCAUCGAGGAGAAGGAGGCCAUUGCUGAAGCGAGCCGACAAGCUCAACAGCGCAAGCAGGAGAAAUUCAGGCAGGAGCGUGUCGAGACGCGGCGGCAGUUUCUGCGCGACGAGGAGAAGCGUCUGCAGGACUUCAACACCAUGCGCCAGUGGGAGGUCAUGAAUAGAUUUAAAAAUGCAGAACUGUUUGAAGCUUUCCAAGAGAAAUUGCGCGAAGAUAAGGCGCUCAAAAUACAGCAGUAUAGAGAAGACCUCCUGAAGUUAUGGCGUGAAAGAGAAGAGCGUGAAGCUCGCGAGCGCGCCGAGACCCGCUACUUCUACGGCGCGCGCGCGGAGGCCGAGCAGCGCGCCGCCGACGCCGCGCUGCUCGCGCACGCGCGCGCGCUGCUGCGCGAGGCGGCGCGCCGCGGCCGCCCCGCCGCGCCGCUGGAAAAGGCCGUGGACCGCUACUGCCGGAUGCACCGGCUGCAGCCGGCGCCGGCGCCGCCCGCCGCGCGGCGCCACGGCGACCGCCCCGCGCCCGCCGACAUCAGGGACGGCCUCACGCACGCUACGGUUAGAUGUCAUCUUUGUUAUCAUUUGUGUUUAAUCAUCAGACGUUUUCAGUCCACUGUUGGACACAGG